UAUUAAUUAUUUUCAUCAUCCCAUAUCAUGGUUUAUAGCAAUGUUUGUUUUUGGAUUGGUCAAAUACCAAUUAUAAGUUAUAUCUCCGACCUAGCCACACUGGACUUAACGGAGCCCUAUCAUAUAAAAACUGGAGGGGAGAGUAGCUUGAUGUUCAUCGGAUGAAAUAAGUACACGCAGAAGCAGAAGACGUUUAGCGAAGACGCUUGAAUGGACACAUUGCUAUAUUUUCAGUUACAUAGGUACCCUUAAAAAAUCACAUUCGGAGCUUAUUGUACAGAACUAAUUUUAUUGAUUAAAUCUAUCAGCCAUGCCGGACAGAGAUACUAACUCUUCGAUGAAUAGUCACGAUGAUACGUAUAAGUGUUCGUUAGGCAGCGAUGACUUUAUACUCGUAGAAGAAGUCGUUUCCGGUCGGAAAACAAGUACUGUGGAAGCGGUGCAAGGAAUUUGUUUGUGUAUGAAGCAAAAACUCUUUAAAACAGUGGCUAUGAAAAACGUGAGGCGUAGGGUACCGAUAUUGAAAUGGUUACCAUGUUAUACGAUUGAAGAUGGACUUGGUGACAUAAUGUCCGGCGUGACAGUAGGCUUGACUGUCAUACCACAAUCAAUGGCGUAUGCCGGAUUGGCGGGUCUCCCGCCGCAAUACGGUCUUUAUGGUUCGUUUCUUGGGGCGUUCAUCUACACGUUCGUUGGCAGCUGUAAGGACGUGCCUAUGGGACCGACGGCCAUUGUGUCGCUAAUGACUUAUAGCACACUGCACGGCUACGGUCCAGAGUACGCUACACUAUUAUGCUUCCUCACCGGCGUCAUACAACUAGCCAUGGGAGUCUGCGGGUUGGGCAUAAUUAUCGAUUUCGUAUCCGGUCCCGUGUCGUCGGGAUUCACAUCCGCCGUGGCGUUGCUAAUCAUCGCAUCCCAGAUAAAAGACCUGAUCGGUGUCCACGGUACCGGGUCCAGUCUGUGGGAAAUGAUGUGUUCCCUUUAUAAAGACAUCAACACUAUUAGCUACGGCGACACUGUCAUCGGGGUCGGGUGCAUUGUGUUUUUGUUGGUGUUGCGAGUUAUCGCCGAAGUCCGUAUCGGUCCCACAGACCCUGAACAACAAAGCUGCGUUCAGAAAUACACAAACAAGAGUUUUUGGUUAAUAGGAUCGAUCAGAAAUUCGAUAAUUGUCAUCAGCUGUACUAUCAUGAGCUACAUGUUCAUAAGUGCUCAAGACGAAAAAAAUGAAUUGCCGUACAAGAUCAUCGGAACAAUUCCAGCGGGUCUUCCGGAAUUUCGUUUACCUCAGUUCACAAUGCAAAGGAACAACGAGACCAUAGGUUUCUUCGAAAUCAUGUCCACGAUGAAGUCAAACGUGGUCGUUUUGCCGCUGAUUGGUCUGCUGGAGAACAUAUCUAUUUGUAAGGCUUUCGCCAACGGCAAGACUGUGGACGCGACCCAAGAACUAUUGGCUAUUGGUCUGUGUAACAUUGGAAAUUCGUUCGUUCAAAGUUUUCCAGGUUCUGGGUCGUUUAGCAGAAGUGCUGUGAAUAACGCCAGUGGAGUACGUACCCCUUUGGGUGGAUUAUACACCUCGAUCCUAGUGAUCGUGGCUCUGUUGUUUUUAACACCAUAUUUUUAUUACAUACCUAAAACUUGUUUGGCAGCGGUUAUCAUAACGGCAGUGGUGUUCAUGGUAGAAGUGAGGGUUGUCAAACCAAUUUAUCGUUCGAAGAAAAGUGAUCUGAUCCCGGGGAUGUUCACUUUUUUCGCAUGUCUAUUCCUGCCUUUAGAGAUUGGUGUCCUAUUUGGCAUAGGGCUGAACCUAACUUCGAUUUUGUACCACGCAGCUAGACCCAAAAUAUCCAUACAAGAGUACAAAACUCGCGCCGGUUUCAAAUAUUUAAUGUUAACCCCGGACAGAUGUUUGGUAUUUCCGUCGGCCGAUUACGUCCGUAACCUGGUUACAAAACACAGUCUCAAGCGGGAUAUGCCGGUAGUCAUAGAUUGUUCUCAUGUGUAUGGAGCUGACUUCACCGCCGCUAAGGUCAUCGAAAUGCUUACUAAAGAUUUUUCGGACAGGGGUCAGGCUUUGUUUUUUUACAACCUUAAGCCUAGUGUAGUUGAUGUGUUUAGAGGGGUUAAACCAAAAGAAUUGGUGUUUUACUACAAUAAAAAGGAAUUAGACAGACUAUUACAAAAAUCGACAGAACAGCGCUACACAAUGUUACAGCCGUUGUUACAGACAAAGUGAAUACGAUUUGUCUAAUUUUCUCCCCU